AUGGCUUCGGCACUGGAAGUGUUUGUAAAUAACGUCCAGACACUUUCUACUCAAGGUAAUUACCGGGAACUAUGCGACGUACUUGGAAAAUCACACGAUACGUUGACGAAAAAUGCCUCGCUUCUAGAUAACGUCCUUGAGACGCUUGAUCUGCAGCAGCAUUCUCUGGGGAUACUAGCUGUACUAUGCAUCAAGCUUAAUAUAUCUUCUGGACACCCUAAUUCAGAGGCGAAUAAAUUGCUUUUUACCCAAGUUCAAGAAUUUAUUCUAGGAUGCAAUGGCGAACAAGUUAGAUUCGCGCCUGAUAGUUAUGCUGAGCUGUGUCAUUCACUCACCCAAUCUUUAAUCGAGAUCAACACCCCAAUGCGCGGCAUAGAGCUCCUCCAACGCGCGAUCCGGAAAAUCCAAUUAUACGACAGCCAGUUGACGUCAAUCCACGCGGAUCUCUGUCAGCUGUGCCUGCUAGCCAAGUGUUUCAAGCCCGCCCUGGAGUUCCUGAACACGGAUAUCACCGGUGUGAGCCAAGAAGGCGGACAGUUUGAAUCUAAAUACUUCCUUCUGUACUACUACUACGGCGGGAUGAUUUACACGGCGCUAAAGAACUACGACAGGGCUUUGUACUUCUUCGAGGUGUGUGUGACGGUACCAGCGAUGGCUGUGAGCCACAUAAUGUUGGAGGCGUACAAAAAGUUCAUUCUUGUCUCGCUAAUUCUUCAUGGAAAGAUAGUCAACAUACCGAAGUACGCGAGCCAAGUGCUGGUCCGUUUUAUCAGGCCCCUUAGUCAGCCGUACUGCGAACUUGCUACUGCGUAUUCAACCAACAGCUGCGAGGAAGUUCAAGGAGUUAUUAAUAAAUAUCGAGAAGUAUUUGUUAGAGAUCAUAAUCUUGGUCUUGUUAAACAAGUACUUAGUUAUUUGUACAAGAAAAAUAUUCAAAGAUUGACUAAAACUUUUUUGACACUCAGUCUUAGUGAUGUUGCAAGUCGCGUACAGCUUCCUGGGCCAGCUGAUGCUGAAAAAUAUAUUUUGAAUAUGAUUGAAGAUGGAGAGAUAUAUGCAACGAUCAAUCAAAAAGAUGGAAUGGUAGUGUUCCACGACGACCCAGAAAAAUACAAUUCACCUCGUAUGCUUGCAAAACUAGAGCAAGAAAUGGCAGCAUGUGCCGAGUUAGACAAACGAGUACUUGCCAUGGAAGAAGAAGUUAUCGUAACACCGCAAUACGUUCGCAAAGCGUGUGGACAGAACGACUCAGAUGAUACCGCUGGUGCCCCGGCUACUAACGUCACAAAUGCCCAAGUUCAACCUAAACUCAACACUUACUCUAUGUAA